UAAGCGACUUCCUCUCUGGGCUUGUCUGGGUCAGCUUGUCUGCCGGGUCACUGGCCCUUCUCUCUCUCUGGCCCGUCUUUCUCUCACUCUCUCACAGCAGCUGUCUCUCACGCACCCGUUGGCCUAUCUCUUCUUCAACGCAGUCGCCUCCUCUGCCUGCCUGGGUGGCCGCCAUGGGCCGGAAGCGGCUCAUCACUGACUCCUACCCAGUUGUGAAGAACAGGGAGGGACCUGCUGGGCACAAGGAGGAGCUGGCACCAGAGCUAGGGGAGGAGCCCCAGCCCCCCAGCGAGGAGGAAGUGGCCCUGGAGCUGCUGCGGCAGUUUGACCUGGCCUGGCAGUACGGGCCUUGCACAGGGAUCACACGGCUGCAGCGGUGGCACCGGGCAGAGCAAUUGGGUUUGGAGCCUCCCCCAGAGGUGCACCAAGUGCUGAAGGCCCACCCUGAAGACGCCCGCUUCCAGUGCAGCCUCUGGUACUUCUAUCCCCUUUGAGCCACUGCCAGGGCCAUCCUGUCCUUGACAGACCUGCUAGCCUCUGAGAACUCUGGAAUACAGUGGAGACCCAAUUGCUGCUCGGCUCACCUUGGCUUUGCUCUGGAGGAACAUUUGGAAUGCUGAAUAUGGAGGUCCCAUGGUGCGGGCCCUCCAGCUUACCAGCGGGCUCUAGCUGAAGAUUGCCUAGGUGAACAGUAGUCUCUGGGACAAGGACCUGAACACCAUCCUUCUG